AGGCGAUGCUCUCUCCACACUCGUACCACUCGCACAGUCGUCUCGGGAACCCCGAGUGUGUGGGGCAAGCUAUCGAGCCCAGCUUGCUUACCGACAGCCCUCUCAACUGAAGUAGAAAGGUUGUAGCAGUAGUAGUUAUAGUAGGGCUAGGACAUGAUUAGUGUCGGUGUCGUGUUUACAGCGGCGUAAUAGCCCUCAUGUUAUAAUCUAUACGUACAGUCUAUAUAGGAAGGAGCGCGCGCGUGUGUGUGUGUAUGGUCGUCUCUAUAUAUAGGGCAGCAAGGCACACAGGGGAAGCAGGACAGCGAGCCGUGAGGGUGAGGGGGGCAGCAGGGCUGCCCUGCGUCAUGUGAAGUGCUGCUGGCUGCUGCUGCUGCCCUCAAGCACUGGGAGUCUGAGCCAUCGGCUGUCACGUGGUGCACAGCUGCUACCUGCUGCCGCUAAGUUGGUGGUGCCCCCGAAUACUUUGCCAGGAAUCGACGACGACGACGACGUCCGCCGCUUGACCUUGUGCUCACCUGGAUGAAGAUAAAGCGAUUUAUUGUUAUAAACACAUAGAUAUCUUGGGGUUCCCCACCUGCGCGAUUUGAAUUCGGCAGAACCCGACUGACCCCCUGCCUCUGGGCGCCCGUUGAACCCGAGAGGAUCGCGGCGCGAAGAUAAAGUUCACGGCAAGACAACGAGAGCGCUCGGCAGGUGCUCGCGCCGAGACGCGGCCGCCCUCGGUCCGGAAACCCCGUUGGAACGUCGCUGGAACGUUGGGAAUACGGCGGAUUGCUCGCAGUCGCAGCCACCCCCGCCGCCACGUGAGCGAGCCCCCUGCCGUGUGCUCGUUCAUCGCAGACUCGUCUCGGGAGGAAUGGCUGAUCUGGAUUCCGCUUGCGGUCUCUGAGACGCCGCCGCCGCAGCGUCGAGGCCGAGCCGCGUGGGUACCCUGAAGCGGCUCGUUUGUCAGCGACGCUCGCCCGCCGCAUGUGAGCGCCGAGACGACCGCUUCGGCCCAGCUCAUGCCGUGGGGCAAAGUGAGAGCGGCCGGGCAAUGAUGAACCAGGGCAAGGCGGCAGUGAAGACCAGCUCCCAGCAGCAGCAGCAGCAGCUGCAAGGUAGCAGCCCGGGUAUGGCAGGCACCCUGGGCCCAAAGGGCAUGGGCCCUGGCGGCCACCUGACGACCAAGGCGGCAGGACCGGGUGCCAUGAGGGUCGGCAAGGGUCGCGGCAAGCGGGAGCGCAGCGAGUCGCUGGAAUCGCGGGACCAGCGCGAGACCAACGCCUCUAAUGCGGAGUCCGACUGCAAGGACAUGGUGUCACGCGGCAAGCGGAAGUGCGUGCUGGAGAAGAAGACCCCGUACAGCGGAGACGAGUGGUGCUCGGGGCCCGACAGCGAUGCCGACGACAAGCCCUUCCUCGCCGCCAGCGCCGCCCCCACUCAACCCGAGCGGCACCCAAGGAACGGAACGCGUCCGAGAGGACGUCCACCGAGGAGGAGAUGGAGCGAUGAAAUCGAUUGCACAGGGGGUGGCCGGGAGUUCAUGAAACCUUCCGAGGCGGCGGCCCCUCCUCUCGCCUGCCCUACGGCCUUCACAGCAGUCCCCGCAGGCCUUCCAAGCAUGCCCCAUGCCCCCACGGGUGGCCGCCCCCCUCCAGGACCAGUGAAGGCCCGGCCCUCAUCUGUGCUCAUCUUCUCCACGGAGCUGGCCAAUAGGGCAGCGGAGGCAGUAACGCAGGGAAGGUCCGACUCCAUUCUCUCCUUCCACAAGCAAGAGAAGGGCUUCCUACAGAAGAAUAACCAGCCCCCGGUGAGCCGCACCUUGUCGCAGUUGCUGCAGCAGCAGCAGCCGCCUCACCGAGCAACACCACCAGGAGGUGUCCACCAGCAAGCAGAGCACUCGCCCUCACACCCCCCACAGCCGCAGCAACCACAACCGCAGCAGCAGCAGCAGCAGCCGCCCUCCGAGCCGGGCCCCCACCCUCUCCCGCCGCAGGAGAAUGGCCCCGCUUCCGAAACGUCGGGCAAGGACGGCGGCGGCGGCGGCGGCGGCGACGACUCGGCCGUGGAAAACGGGUCACAGGGACGCGAGACGCCCUCCAACCGCCAGAGUCCGCUGCUGGGGCCGGCCGGUGCGAGACCGCCGGCGCCGGCGGGGGAAGGCCCGACCAACGGCACGGAGGCGGCGCCCGCUGCGUCGUCGCAGGCCCCCGGGGGCUGCGGUGGCUGCUCGACGCCGGGGCACGGCGGUGGAGUGCCGGCAAACCAGGCGGGUGGCCCUCGUGGCCCCGGCGGUCCCGGUGGUCCCGGCGGCCCCGGCGGUCCCGGCGGCCCCUGCGUUCCCGGCGGGCCGUGCGGCCCCUGCGGCCCUUGCGGCCCAUGCGGCCCCGGCGGCCACCUGCUGGUGGGGAACACGGAGGGGCUGUCGCUGGAGCAGCUGGAGCACCGCGAGAUGUCUCUGCAGAAGCUACGCGACAUCCAGAGGAUGCUGUUCCCGGAGCAGAGCGACCAGGACUUCCCGCUGCGGACUAGCACUUCCAACUGGGGCCACAAGCCCAACCACGACGGCGUGGGCAUGAAGAGGGCACCCGACGAGCAGCUGAUGCCGCAGGGCAUGAAGAGGCCCGAGGACCCGCUGCAGGCGAUGAUGUCUCAGACGCAGAGCCUGGGCGGCGGGCCGUUGGAGCCCGGCGCCAUGCAGCCAUCGGCCGUGCACCCCAACUCGAUGCUGUCACUGCAGGAGCAGCAGCCUGGGCUGCACCCCGGGGCCCUGCUAUCGAUGCAGGAGCACCAGGCCGGCCGGGCCAUGCAGAUGUCGCCCGGCAGCGGGCAGGAGCAGAUGACGCCGGAGCAGCUGGCGUGGCUCAGGCUGCAGCAGGAGUUCUACGAGGAUAAGCGGCGAAAGCAGGAGCAGGCCGUCCACCAGCGGGGCUUCCAGGAGAUGAUGAUCCUGCAGCAGCAGCAGCAUCCGCUGGGAGGGAUGCCGAGGCCGCCGCCCCCUCCGUACCGGAACGUUCCCGGGGGGCGGUUCCCCGACGGCAUGAUGCCCGGCAUGCGGGACCAGUUUGGCGACCCCCUGGACUUCCCGGGCCCCAUGGUGGCGAGGAGCAUGGGCGGCUUCAACAUGGGACCGAGGUUCCCUGGGAAUGCCAUGCAGAGGUUUCCCGGCGGCGGGCGGAGGCUCAUUGACAUGGACGGCCCCAUGAACCCGAUGCAGCAGCAGCAGCUGCACCCGGGCCUCGCGUGGCAGGACGAGCUGAUGUCGGUGAUGCCGGGCGGCCUGGGGCCUGAGCGGAUGCCGGUGCCCGAGCAGCUGCUGCGCCAGCGGAUCAUGGAGAAGCGUGGGAUGAGAGGCUUGGGCAUCCCGGCGGGGCGAGGCAUGCCGCAAAACCCGGACAUGGAGCGGCUCUUCCACUCCCAGCGCCACCUGGAUCCGGCCAUGAACGCGGGGCUCUUUUCCCCCCUGCCCGGCGACCACUCGCCCGUGCCGCACCCGGGCAUUGAUCCCGGUGUCCUGCAGAGGGGCAUGCUGAUGAGUCCCAAUAUGGGCGGCCCUCAGCCGGGACUCGGUGGGCCGGACUUUGAGAUGAUCGGUCCUGCCCCGAGAAACCUCAAUCUCAUGUCCCCGCAGCAGCAGCAGCAACAGCAGCAGCAGCAAGCGAUGAUAUCCCAGAAGCUGCGAGACUCCCUGCAGCAGAUACCAGAAGAGGACAUAUUGCUGGGACCGAUGGCGGAGAGCGCAGACCUCCUGAUGCUGGCGCAGCAACACCAGCAUCAGCAGCAGCAGCAGCAGAAAAUGCUGAUGUCAGCGCAGCAGGGCCAGCACGGCAUGAUCAUGUCGCCGCUACAGGACUUCCCCGGCGGGCCCGGCUCGUUCCCGGACAUCCUGCAAGGCAUGGAGGCACUGGAGCAGCAGUUUGGGCCUGACCAGGCCAUCAUGGGCAACAGCCUGGCGAGGCCCGGCCCCGUGGGCCCCGCAGGGCCCAUGGGUAACGCAAGCGUGGUGGCGCCGCAGAGGGCACUGGGACGACGGCCCGCAAAGCUGCCAUUGCCGGCUUCUCCGGGAAUCGGGGCGAUGAAGUCGCCCAGCCUGGGGCCCGUGCACUCGCCGGCCGUCAACUCGCCCAGCACCGCCAUGGCCACCCCACCCAGCGCCUCCAUGAAGUCCCCCGCGCAGGCACAGACGGCACUGGCGGCCUCCGCAUCUGGGAGCGUGGGAGGUGGAGGCAGCGGCGGCGGAGUCGGCUCGGCUCUGAGUGGGCGGUCUCCGGCGGGCUCGCCCGCCCACCUGCGCUCGCCAGCCUCCUCCCUGCCGGCACCGUCGCCCGGUUGGGCCUCCUCUCCCAAGGCCCCGCCGCCGUUGCCGAGCCCGGGCGGCGUGGCGACGCACGGCAAGGGCCCGGCGAGCCACGGCGGGACCCCGGCCCCACCGCCGCACACCGGCAUGGAUGCAGGCACCAGCCAGGCGGGGCAGCUGGUGAGCGUGGCCGGCCCCGCCAACUUUCCGUGCACAACCAAGGAGCCGCCGCUGCCGCCACCGCCCAGCUCUUCGCAGCAUCCCCUGUCGCUCAUGUCGCGGAUGUCGCAGUUCGCGAUGCCCAGCUCCACGCCGCUCUACCACGACGCCAUCAAAACCAUCGCGAGCUCCGAGGACGACCCCCCGGGGCCGGACCGAUCGCCGGGUCUCCCGGCAUUGCCGCCCCUCGCCGGUCCCGGCCUGAACACAGGACACAUGGGGCCUGGCAGGAUUCCUUCCCAGAAUACCUUGGGGCCAGGGGCAGCAGGAAGCCCCCUGGGGAUGAGCCUGGCGGGGCAGCAGGCCCUCGCCCACGGGCCCGGCGGGGCAGCCAUGCUGUCCGCUCACAGCCCGGCCGGAAGUGGGCCCAUGAGCCUGGGCGGCCCAAUGCAUCACUCCGAGAUUGGGCCAGGAUCCGCCUUGGCUGACGCCAUGAUGGCCGCCCGCCACCCCCAGUCUCUACCCCCCACUCGCCUGGGCCCCCCUCUGCACCACGGCCAGCCACCCACCGGGGCCAGCGGCCUGCACUCGCCGCAUCCCCCACGCAUCCCCAUGGGGGGCGCUUUCCCCGGUCCCGGGGGGCCCGGACCUGGGGGACUGCCCUUUCCCAGCGAGGGCAUGCCCGGUCCUCCGCCAGGCCCCAGCCUUUCCCCAGACAUGAUGGGCAGCAAGCACAUGGGGCCGUCCACUGUCAUAAGCUGCUCAUCUUCAUCAUCAGCCAUGGUCAAUCUACUGCUGGAUGAAGGUCACCCCAAGCCGCCGCCAACUUUCACGAUCCUGCGAUACGGGGGAUUCAGCCCAGUGCUGCCUGGCAUCUCCACCGUGCUCAGCGACCCCGACCUCCAGGACGUGAUUCGUCCGGGCGCUUCGGGAAUCCCGGAGUUCGACCUCUCCCGCAUCAUCCCUUCUGAGAAGCCCAGCCAGACCCUGCAGUACUUCCCUUCGGAAUCCAUGAAGCAACAGCAGCAGCAGCAGCAGGCCUCCUCACAGCAGCAGCAGCAGCAGCAACAGCAGCAACAGGGAGGAGGUUCCAUCCCACCGACAUCCGAGGGAUUUUCUCUGCAGCACCAACCGUCGGUAUUUGCCCAGGGCCAGCCAAACCCGGCGGGUUUCCCGGGCAUGGUGCCGUCCGGAGCGGGCAGCGGCGGUGGUCCGGGCGAGCCGGGCAUGCUGCGGCCGUCCAUGAGCGUGCCCAACCUCUCGGGGAGGGGCGGCGGAGGCGGUCCCGUCAGGGGACAGCCCCCGCCGCCGUCGCCGCACGGGCUGCUGCACCCGAGCCAGAUGCCCCCGCAGAUGCACCACCACCACCACCACCACCCACCGCAGCAGCAGCAGCACGGAGUGCUGGGGGCACCGCAGCAGCAGCAGCAGCAGCACGGUGUGGUGGAACGGCUGCCUCUGCACCACCACCACCAUCACCACCAUCAGCACCAGCAUCAGCAGCAGCACCAUCACCACCACCACCACCCCGGCGUGCACCAGCACCACGGCGGUCCUAUGAUGGGGCCACCGCAGCAAGCGCAGCAGCAGCAGCACCACCACCACUUGCUGCCCAUGAUGAUGGGACCUCCGCCAGGCAAGCAGAGGAGCCGGUCGGCGUCGGGAGAGGUGGUGCUGUUCGGGCCGCACGACGCGCUGCAGCCGAUGGCGCCGAUGCAGGGCCUCAUGGCGCCGCCGCUGUCGGGGCAGCCGCACGGAGCUAUGAUGCUGCAGGCGGCGCAGUUCCGGCAGAGGAGCAUGUCCGUGGACAUGCCCAUGGGCUUCAACAACGGGCCGGGCCACCCAGGAAACAUGCCCAUCUGAACUGCGUGCGUGCACACUGCAAGACGGAUGGCAGCGGAAAUAGCAGGGGGAGGAGGUGAAAUGAGGAAAUAAAAUAGAAGGGAGGGAGAGAGAGAGAGAAAAAGCCAAGCGAUAAAUAUUCAAGAUUCGUGUUGGCGUCUCCUCGUGUUUACUUCAAAGGUCGUGUGUAAUAGGCAUUCGGUAUCGUGUGGCUUGGCGCGCACGUACUCUUGGUGUAUGCGCGUGUUUAUACAUUUGAGGUUGUAUGUGGGAAGAACACUCAAGUACUUUUCGAGGGAAAUCUUUAUCCUCGUUGAACCGCUCCCGCGCAGGGCAGCCCUGGGCACCUUGAAGGCAGCAGCGGCCACCGUCAUCGUCGGCGUCUUCGAGAUCGUCGCCGCUUAUUUUGUUGUUGUUGUUUUGAUGAUUUUCGUAGAAGACUCUUUGAAGAAGAAUGCUUAUUUUACGAGCGAGCGGGAGUGGUGUCGAGAUCUUUCCCUCAUUACAAUUUACAAGAGAUCGAUUUUUUUCACCCUCUCUGCGUGGGGGGACGAGUUUUUGUGCACUUGGCGCGAAAGUACGCCCCGCUCUGCUUCGUGACCGCGGUGAAUUUUCCGGUGUGCAGUUGCCAAGAUGAACAUUUUUAAAAUGACAUAACUUUUUUUCAAACAGUUAUACCGCAUUCACACCGAGAGUACUUUUUGACACUUAAUUUGAGCGUAAACUGAAAUGUGGAUUAAAGGGAAACUUUUUUUUUGCCGUGUGGUUUUUUUUGCGUUUCAUUAUUUUUUUUUUCUCCCGAAUGUUUUGCUGUAAAUAUGUUUCUCUGUUUGCAGGGGAAGCCAGGUAAUGCACGGUGAACAAAAGUCUUUUUUUUAAUUGUUGAACCACACGUAAGUACUUGUCCGAACCUCGUGCAAAUGAAUCGUCGUGUGUGUGUGUGCGUAGUGUGCCUGUGCUCAUUAACGGUGAAUCGUAUUGCAUUUUUAAGCACACGACUCAUUCCACGCGUUGGAUGUAACCGUGUCGACACGAGGGCCAAUUUAAUAAUCACGACGACGACGACGACCUGUAAGAAUUAUUACGUGAUGUUAAAACAGUUGUUGCAGUCCACAGUGCUGUUUCGUGUUGAAAUGCACUUGAGAACUUGGGUUUACUUUUGAACGUUUGGCCUAUAAGUUAUUGCAAAGUCACUUCCUCUGCUCGCACGCUUUGCGUUGCUUAAGGUUGUGAAGGUGAAAAAGGGAAGCACAAAACAUUGAAUCGAGCGGCCGUGAUAUGUGCGCUAAAUCAUUGCCCUCCACCUCCUCCUCUGCAUCUCGAGGCUCGUGUUUUGUUUUCUGUUUUACGGGCUCGUCUAAUUAUGAUGCGAUCUCGAUACAAAGUUUAGUUAAUGCAAUGUUUUUUUUUUCUCGCUAUUGAACAUCAUCGCAUCUGGUGUGGUGUUUUAGCCUAUGUUUGUGUGAGGAUUAUUACGGACGCCCGGCUGCUAACGUUACAAGAUUAAGCAAAAUACAUUAGAUGCAAGUACACCCGUUAUUAAGAGCUUCGUGUUUUGAUCUUCCAAUUUUUCUGCUGUUUUUCCGUGAGCUCUCUCAAUUGAAGCUUUCACAAGCAUGUACUAAAACGGAUAUACUAUAAUAAUAUAACUUGUUCGGAAUGUGUACACACUUUUCAAUUGGGGUCAAGGAGAUGUUGGGGAUUUUUGUUUUGUUUGAAACGCGAUUUGCAGAUGGAAAGGUUGCGUGUAUUAUAAUUUCAACGAUUGCUCAUUUGCGUCUGGAUUAACCGAUGCAGAAAUGUCGUCGCCCCGGUAUCGUGGUCAUCGUAAUUUGUAAAUUGAGUUUGUGGCUUUUUGUUAUUGUUUUUAUACAUUACUCGUAUUGUAACAAAUAAUUGCACAGAAUUCCUCUCCGUUUGUUUUUAAGCCAUGGAUGUGUUUAUAUUUAAGUGUGGUUAAUUGCAGUCAAAAUUAAUGUUAUUUACAAGGGUUUUGCUACCUCUGUCGUUGCUGGCUGGCUGUUGUGAUGUUUGGGGGGGGGGGGGCGUUGCCAAACGGGCACUUUUUUAAACUUAGGGCAAAAAAUAACGCCAGCAAAGCUUUAUUCGUGUUGCUUAACAGUAAAACUUUCUAUAUUCUUAACCCCGUUUUGUCAGGUGUGACUUAAAACGGGGAAUUAUCCCUUUCAACAAAUAACUUCCAAACAGUUUACCAUCAUUUGUUAAGUAGCGUAUUCACUCGUCAUUAAUGUUCGAAACACCUUUAGGGCAGUGACUGCAAAAAAGAAACAUCUUUACAAACUUAAAAUAACACGAUUUAGAAUUUGCUUCGGCUGGGUUAUGAUGUUUAUUUGCUGCAUGAGUUUGUGUUUGUAUGUUUGUGGUCUGCCCUCUUGCAUUUAGUUGUUCCUUUCCCAACAAGUGACAUUGUUUCCUUGGUUGUUGUGCGAGCAUAGGGGGGGAGACACACGACCCCACUGUGGCUGAUGAGAUGAUCCAGGGUGCGAAAUGCGUCCCAGGUGCCACACAAUGACCCCCACGUCUUGCAUUUCUUGCAGCCCCUGAGGUGCAAGGAUUCCCGUUCAACAUUCAUCACCACCGACGUUGAAACGUCACGUUCACGUCUGGAAAUGUGACGCGCAUCGGGCACCUGAUGUUAUUUUACAAAAUUCACAAAUUGACAAAAAAAAAUUAACUAUACAAACGGGCACUUUUUGUUGGUAAACUUACAUAAUAAAUUAUUUCAUCUGUAUGUCAGGAUUACGAAUCUGGAACGUGUACGCAGCACAUUGAAAUGCAUCGGCAUUUCCGAUUCUGUCCUAACCCCGCACCUCCGAUCAGCACGCUUGGCUACGUACGGCGCGAAAGAAGUUCAACGUACAUGCAGCGAUGUGUGUUUGUACUUCUGUUCGGGUCAAAUGGGAACCACCUCGGUAUGCUCCAGGAUUGUUUCCAUCCAAGUCGGUCUCUGACAGCAUCUGGCUCCAGCCGCUACUGCAGUUACGGACAAUGUACUUACUACAACUGGACAUGCAAACUCAAUCUUAACCUUGUGAACGUUGCUUCGUCAGUGCGGCAGAUGGAGACUCCAAACAACUGGUAGAGAUAACCCAACAUGAAACAUGAUGAAUACGACGAUUGCUACUGGUGAAAAUGUUGGUGCGUGUUUGAAGGUUUGGUCACAUUGUCAAAAUCUAAAAACAAAUAGUUUGAAGAGCGCGUUGUUACCUUGUGCGUUCUUUUUAACCAAGGACUUAAUUUUCGACUCGAUCAAUUCCGGAAUGCUGCUAGGCCGACUUGGAGGAGAUGCUUUUGACGUAAGGCACUUCCACUCGAGUACAGGGUAUGCCUGUUCAUAAUUCUGAGUUCUACCCUAUAAUCCUAUGAUACUAUGGACAGGUGUGUAGGGUUGUAGGGUACAAUCAGGACAAAUGAAAGUGAGAUGGAUGUGGCGUGCCAAAAUAAUUCCCGGAACAGUGUUCGAGACCAUUCCAGCUGAAAUUAAGCACUGAUUAAACUCUCGCUACAAAUACCAUUUUGAGCAAUGCAAGCUUCCAAAAAAGUACUGAGCUGAACAUGUUAUUAUUACGGAAUGGACACGCAUGAUAUCUGUUGCGUACAAUGAAGUUGUAAGAUUUACCAUUUGGCGUGACGCAAUGCUUUGUCAUCUGAAAAGGUUAAUGUGUGAUAUUAAGGUUCUUCCAAGCCCUUUCAUGGAAUGUUGUCGCUGAUAAAAAAAAUGUGGUGUUACUGUUCGGAAUUAAUGACCCAAAUGUUCUGUAAACAAAGCGUUCUGUUUAAUUACAUAACUAAAUUGUUGACUUCCUGCAGAUCUUAAUUGGUUGGCACUUAUGUAGGAAACUAAUGACAACUUGGUUAUAUUAUUCACUUCAUCGAAGCUGUUUAUUAAUGGAGUAUACACUUUUUUAAAAAUAAUUUCAAUCAAUACCCCUUAGGAUUUCUGUUCGAUGUUUUCGAUAUUUUAAAGUAUGGCGCUUAAUAUAGAUAGGUGUGUAACAAAUUGCAUCUACACGUUCUCUAUGCGCUGUACACAAGUGGCUGUAUGUAACAUUGUAUAUUAUUAUGCCAUUAGGUGUCCUAGAAAGACUAUGUGUAUAUAGUGGUUAUCCUUUCCGAUGUUUGUGGGAGAAGGGUCUGUUUGCAGAUCAUUUUUCAUUAAUUAAACUUGACGAC